AUGGCCCACAUAUUUGGAUCGAUUUUUAGGUAAGUUUUUCAAUUUUUACUCACAAUCAGUUCGUGCUUGUUCAAAUGUUGUUUUGAAGAUGUCCUGUAGCGAUUCGACGACAGCGAAACCGAAAAAAAAUCAAAUCAUUUUUUCUAUUGGUGGAGCUUAUUGUAGCAGAAGCCAAUAGAAAAAAGCAUGAAGGCUGAAAAUCGUGGUUAUUUGUGUAUCGUCACAAAUUCUAUGAGAAUUCAGCGAUGAUUUGAGUUUUUUUAAUGGAAAAUUGAAAUUUUAGUAAGUUCUUUUUAAUUGAAAAAAUUUGAGACAAAGCAUUUUUUUCCAGAAUUGCCAAUGUCAAGAUGCCACUUCAAUCGUCUCCUGCAAAUCUACUCAACUCCGACUCCGUUCAACACCACCACCACCACCACCAAUUGCACCACUCGGAAGACUCGGAAGACUAACAUCGACGACAACAAGGAGGACGACGACAAUUGCAAUAUAG